UGAAGGCGAUGAGCUUUAGCCUGCUCAUUCGCAGCAGCUUUCGAAGCUGGCGCUGCUGCAAUUGCAGCCACUUCUCUCGCGUCCGUUGUCGCGGGACACUCACUUCGUGACCCCUACUUUCAUUAUUACGACGACGACGACUCCUUCGCGACCAUCACCAUCGAACCGAUUUCCUCAACGCUCCGAGAUCGGGCUCAUUGACGUUACUAUUCCAAGGAUUUCCAGUCGCUUGCCGCUGUCACCACUCACACUCAUUCUAUAGUAUGGCUAUUCUCAGCGUUGCGGUACCAUUCCUUAAUGCAUUCAAACGGGCGUGGGGGAGGGAUAUACACAUACGGAGUAUAAGUACGGUGGUAUCGUAAAUCGAGCUCGUCGUCUUCAACCUCCCGCUAUGCCAUGAUACUGAAAGUCUUUUUGAACUUAGUUGUGUUGGAGGAUCGUUUUGUGUUGAUGGAGUGGAGCCUUCGUACGAUCCCGGUAUUUUUGGGGAUUGUAACGACUUUUGAGGUUAAUCGUGAGGGCUAGUGGGAUGCAGAGGUUGUUCGGAUCCAUCUCCCGACAGCAUGCGUUGUUUCGUGUGCUUGAGUGGCGCGUUUGUUGCGGAGUUGUGGUCCUUGUUGUCAAGGAUGUGUUCCACAAUGCUGCUCUCUAAGUAGACUGAAGGGAGAUAUUACCCCCGGGGAAAGUCCGUCUUUUACUACUGUCCAAAUCUUCGACGAUACUGGAUUUUGUCAUUUGGGCUGGAUGCGCUCCCGGUUAUGUAGCUCUGUUUGGUUUUGGCGGGCUGUUUAGUUCGCGAGCUGCGUUUGGGAGCAAGCGAGCGGUCAGUUACGGGACUGAGAAAUUGAGCAGAGUGUGCAUUGGGGAACCUGAGAGGGAACUGUGAGCAUUGAGCCUGUUUCUUGCAGCUGAGGGGAGAUUUUGCUUUAGCGACGUGUUAAUGGUAGUGCAGAACAGCAGAAUGGCUACGACAAUGGGGGCUGGCUAUGUGUGAAUUGUCUACGCGAAGACCCUGAGUCAUGGAGAAGAUUUGCGUUGCUAUCCGUGUGAAGCCAACGAGCACGCAGGAAGCAAACAACGGGACUCGAUGGAAGGUCGCGGCGAAUACCAUUUCUUUGCACAGUGCAUUGGGCACUCCUAUCAAGGGUCAGACCUAUUCGUUUGACACGAUUUUUGGAGUGAGCACUACAAAUGCAGAAAUUUACGAGGAGCACGCUAAGGACCUAGUUUUGUCUGCAGUUUCAGGCUUCAAUGGCACAGUAUUCGCUUACGGCCAGACAAGCAGUGGCAAAACCUACACGAUGCAGGGAUCUGCUACCGAUCAAGGUGUCACCCGACUGGCCAUUCAGGAUGUCUUCACCAGUAUUGAUAAGAUAGUAGAUCGGGAAUUUCUGGUUCGUGUGUCAUAUAUGGAGAUAUACAACGAGGAGAUCAAUGACCUAUUGGCUCCCGACAAUCGUAAAUUACAAAUCCACGAAAGCAUUGAGAGAGGCAUCUUUGUAGCAGGUUUAAGGGAGGAAAUCGCCGACAGUGUUGAGCAGGUCAUUGCAGUACUUGAACGUGGUGAAGCUCAGAGGCACUUAGCGGAAACGGACAUGAACGUGAAUAGCAGUCGAUCACACACCAUAUUUCGUAUGGUUAUCGAGAGCAGAGAUAAGAGUCAUGACUCCACACAAGAUAGUGAUCCAAGUGCCCAGGAUGCCGUGCGAGUGUCUGCCUUGAAUCUUGUAGACCUAGCAGGGUCUGAGAGGAUUUCUAAGACUGGAGCUGAAGGGGUUCGCUUAAGAGAGGGAGCUCACAUCAAUAAAAGUCUUACUACUCUUGGAAUGGUGAUAAACAAGCUGAGUGAAGGUGGUGGAAAGCAGGGAGCACAUGUACCCUAUCGUGACAGUAAGCUGACACGAAUCCUUCAAUCGGCCCUGGGAGGAAAUGCGAGAACUUCAAUAAUCUGUACGAUUAAUCCUGAUGAGAUUCACAUCGAUGAGACUAGGGGAACCCUGCAAUUUGCCAGCAGAGCCAAACGUGUCACCAACUGCGCUCAAGUGAAUGAGAUCUUGACUGAUGCUGCUCUUCUGAAACGCCAGAAAGAGGAAAUAAAAGAACUUAAAAGGCGACUUGAGGGAUCGUCCCAUUCUGAAGACUUGAAGAAGGAGAUAUUGCAGUUGCGGAACGACUUGCUUAAGUACGAGCUUGGACGAGAAAAGUUAGAACUGGAACUCCAACAAGAGAUUAAAGCGCAGGUGGAACGUGAACGGCGGAUCAAAGAACAAGAACAGAGAAUUGAAAACUUAAGCACAAUGGUGAUAAGUGGAGCGAUUGAAGAUCGUGAAUUACCCACUAAGAGUCACAGGAGAGAAACGUGGUGUCCUCAAUCCUCAAUAUCAAAUACCUUAGAACAGGGCCUGCGAAGAAUUAACGGACGCAAUAGUCAACUUACCGCAUCAUCCUUAGUGGACGCUAAAUCACGACCUCUAGCCACGCGUAGGGACAGAACUUUUGGCCUCCCUCCCGCCUUCGAAAGUCUUCUUAGUGAUGAAUGCGAUUCGUUUUGGAGCGGUUCAAGUGGGGUGAACAGCUUACCUCACUUCUCAGACUUUGAGAAUAUUGCAGAUGAAGAUAUGUGUGCCAGUUUCAACAGGGGCGCACUUGAAUCUGUUACUGACGAGGACACUUGGGGGAAUAUGAAAGAUUGCCACGUCAGUUCUGACUCGCGAUUAUCACAUGGUUCAUCAGAUACUGAAAAUGCUCAGGGCUUUAGACAAAUCCAAUUUCCUCUUCUUGCCGAGAGCUCACGCAAAAAUACCUUGUUCAAGCAGCUGAACGCUAUGAAUUUGCAGUAUCAAGAGCUUCAGUCAUCCAUUGAAUUCAAGAUUCAGGAAAAAAUCAAAGAAGCCGUUGCAGCUGCAAAUAGUGCUCUUCUUGAAGAGAAAUCAAGGUUUCAGCUUCAGGUAUCAAAACAGGAAAUCACGAAACUUCAUGGUGUAGUCAAGGAUUUGGAAAUUGAGCUAGAGAAAUGUAAUGAGGAAAAUAAACGACUGAAAUCAGAGACUGCGCUUCUUCAAGAGCAAGUCCUGCACGCAAGGGAAGCUCUUGAGCAAGAAGCUCAAGAAAGGGUGUCUAUGGAUGAACAAAAUGAGUUUUUCAAGCAAAGGUUACGUAGUCUUGAGAUGAGAAUCCAAGGUGAUAUCAACCAGCAAUGCAAUGAAGUCUCCUGCUCCGGAGUUGACUUUGAACCCGAUGUACUCGAAGUCAAUGAAUCAAAUGAAAUAUGUUCUGAAUGUCAAUCAUUCGCAGACAACAGCAUUCAGAGGCCGCUGAUGUUAUCUGGAGCUUUAAUUGGUGGUUGUGUAUCCAGACGUUUUCCCAAUGAAAACCACGAUAGACAAAUGUCUGAAAUUUUGAUGCAUAAGAUCCAUAAGAGGCGGCUCUUUGAUGACGAUGACAGCUCAGUCUUUCAAAUUGCUGAAGAUAGGGAUCAAGACUGGACUGGAUCUAGAAUAAGGCCUACGCCUGGGAAUGCUGCUUACAGUGAUGAUAUCCUUGCUGCAUUAAGCCGCUUGUGUUGUCGGUUUAAGCAACUUUCAGGAUCAGGCGUCAAAAAGAUAGAAUCUUUUACGAAAGAUUUUGGAGCUCCCCAAGAAAGGAAGAAUCUGAAAGCUUCCUUACAUCUUGCCUAUCAACUUGGAAGAAGUCUUCUUCAAGAACUUCAACGUAUCAUCAAUCACGACAUUCAAUGUUUAGAAACUCAUGUUGCUUCGAAAGGAACUAUUGGCAAAAGCUUAGAGGCACUUCAGAUGCUGCUUUUAGAGUGUGCUGAUGUUGGCCUUUGUUUGAUGCAUAAUCUGUCGUCGAAGGAGCCCUCCUUCACGUCCCAAGUCAUCCAAGUUGCGAAUGAUGGGGCAAGUUAUCGGGGGGACGACUUCAUCUGUAAAAACGACAUAGGACCUCACUCAAAUCAGAAUCCCGAGGACAAACCGCAUCCCAGCUAUAUGAAGGGGCAGAGGUGUGUUAACCAUGAGUGUUUGAAAGUUGUUAAGGCGGAGAAGUUGCGGCUAGUCAGAGCUUUGGAGAACAGUCUGGGCGUUAUUGCUUUGCAUGAUGGAGUGGUGGCUACCACCUGCGCUGAAAUCAAGCAAUAUCUGAAGGGCUUUGAAACGAAGAGUGACAAACUAUAUCAGAGAUCCACAAACAUUCUAGAUGAAACACAACUGGUAUCCGACGGAUCUGUCUUCUCUGUACACAACCCACACGACAGUUCAAAUGGAGACAGUAUGAAAGGAUGGUGUGAGGAUCAAAAGGCGGCUCGUAACUCUGUAAUGCCCGCCAAUGCCUGGGUUCAAUCUCUCGAUGUUGUCUCUGUGCUAUCAUCUCAAGACGCAGGAGAGGACAUAUGCAACAUUGACCUGCAUCAAGAUUGUGAUGAAGAAUCCGGGCUUGUAUCUAAAUGUAUCUCCUGUGUCUCUUCGGACGUGCAAAUGGCUGAUGGUUUGCACACGAUUGAGAUGAGCCAGGAGUAUAUGAUGACUGCCCAAGGCGAUGAAAUAAUAUCAGAUCUAAAAUCGAAACAGAACAUGAGUGAGGCGGAAAAACUAUUCACGAAGGAGCUUCUUAACAAGGUUAAAGCUCUUGAGGCAAGGCUGACUGUCGCGGAGAUGGAGAUUGUUGAGUACAAAGUGGAAAUCGAGCAUUUGAGAGUGAACAACUUGCGAACGUCUAUGGAGGUUUCGCAAAAUGGUGAUGACUGGGAGCUCCAACAGCUGCGGGCUGAAUGUGAGAUGCACAAGGAAGAAAUUAGACAAUUAAUGGAGCAGGUGAUGACACCAGAUGCUGAGCUGGAGCGCGAAUCGCUCUUCCGCGAAACAAUGGAGCGAAACACUUUUCUUGAAAAAUGUUUAAAUAAAGCUGAAAGCCGAUUGAUUAGAGCCAAGGGCUGGCGUAAGGAGUUGCUACGUGUCCGUGAAGCCGAGGCUCAUCGAGAGAAAGCAUUUCAUGAUAUUCAAGCAAGAAAUGCGGCACUUGAAAUCGAGGGGGUUUUACUACGUCAAGCAUUAUCAAAAGCUCAACAAUCUGUUGUUUCCAAGAAUGCUGACUUAAUUGAAACUCUGGAUGAAGUAACGACGGUGGAGAUUUCGAAAGAAGCCGAGCCUGUGAAAUUUCAGCUGUUAUCCUCGGGUGGCGCUGAAAUGCCAUCUACUUUUCCAACUCCGUUCAAAGAUCCCAUUGAUCGACCAUUAAGAAAAGCACUCGGAGAAAUAAAGAACUUGUUACAGCCAUGUAUACUAAAAGACUUAGGGGGAUACAUCUGUAAAUUCCCUGAUGUCGGUAAGUUACUUAAGAGCGACAUAUCAGAAAAAGAGAAUCAACCAUGCCUCCAAGGUUCCAUCACUGCCGCGCACUGAUAUGAGUAGCUGUGUUGGUUCCCUGAACGGUUUCGCGCAACGACUACAUGGCAUGAAAGCAUGAAGACAUGAAGGCAUGGAUUCCUCAGGCUCGCCUUCGUCUCAGUCAAUGCAGACAGAAUUUCAUGUUGCUGUCCAUGGUCUACUGUUGAAAAAGCUGUGCUUUUUUCGCGUAUAUAGCCCGAAGUGGCUCAAAGAAACUUCACAACUGAUAGCUCUCCAAAGUUACUUGAACUCUGAAAGACAUCAAUGGAUGACUUCAGUUCCUGAUUCUCUCGGCAAUCCUGCUUAGUAUAAAACGGUAUCAGCAAAAGUAUUUCACUUUCAAAUGCCAUUUCAGAGUUAUAGUCAAUUUUCUCAAUUUUUGACUGUUGUUUACCCUUCA